CCGCGGGCCUCCUCGGAGGGUGACGGAAGUGCGCCGCGGCCCGCCGCGGUGAUGUAGCGGCGUGGGAGGGGCCGAGGCCAGCGCCGUCCGUCCACCGGCCGCCCCGAUCGCGUGGUGAGUCCUCGCGCCGAGCGGCAGAGCGGGCGCCGUGGGCCCGGCAGCAGUCGCGGCCCCCUCGGCGGCGCCGCCAUGGAUGCGGAGGGCGCGCGCAGCUAUUCUCUGGAGCAAGUUCAAGCUUUUUAUUCAUUUCCAUAUCAACAAAUGAUGGCGGAAGCUCCGAACAUGGCCAUCACGACCGAAGAGCAGAUGCCAGCAGAAGCUCCUGCCCAGGAACCUGCACCAGAGGCUCCAAAAAGAAGGAAGAGGAAAACCAGAGCAGCAGAACCCAAGGACCCAGUGGAACCCAAAAAACCUUCUGAGUCAAAAAAAUCUGGCAAGUCCACAAAAUCAAAAGAAAAGCAAGAAAAAAUCACAGACACGUUUAAAGUGAAAAGGAAAGUAGACCGUUUCAACGGUGUUUCUGAAGCUGAGCUUUUGACCAAGACCCUUCCUGAUAUUUUGACCUUCAAUCUGGACAUUGUGAUUAUUGGCAUUAACCCAGGAUUAAUGGCUGCUUACAAAGGGCAUCAUUACCCUGGGCCUGGAAACCAUUUCUGGAAGUGCCUGUUCAUGUCAGGGCUGAGUGAGGUUCAGCUGAAUCACAUGGAUGACCACACUCUACCCGGGAAGUAUGGCAUCGGGUUCACCAACAUGGUGGAAAGGACAACGCCAGGCAGCAAGGAUCUGUCUAGUAAAGAAUUUCGGGAAGGAGGGCGGAUCCUAGUGCAGAAACUGCAGAAAUAUCAACCACGAAUAGCGGUGUUUAAUGGAAAAUGUAUUUAUGAAAUUUUCAGUAAAGAAGUUUUUGGAGUAAAAGUUAAAAACUUGGAAUUUGGGCUUCAACCCCAUAAGAUCCCAGACACAGACACUCUCUGCUACGUCAUGCCGUCUUCCAGUGCCAGAUGUGCUCAGUUUCCUCGAGCCCAGGACAAAGUUCAUUACUACAUUAAGCUGAAGGACUUAAGAGAUCAGCUGAAAGGCAUUGAACGCAACACGGAUGUUCAGGAGGUGCAGUACACAUUUGACCUGCAGCUCGCCCAAGAGGAUGCAAAGAAGAUGGCUGUUAAGGAAGAAAAGUAUGAUCCAGGCUACGAAGCAGCAUAUGGCGGUGCUUAUGGUGAAAACCCAUGUCCUAGUGAGCCUUGCAGCUUUUCUUCAGAUGGGCUAACCAACAGUGCAGACCUGAGCAGAGAGUCGGCUCCUGGGGACAUUCCGAAUGGGCAGUGGAUGACGCAGUCGUUUGCAGACCAGAUCCCUUCUUUUAACAAUUGUGGAAUGCGAGAGCAGGAACAAGGAAGCCACGCUUAGUGAAGGGGCUUCUCAGCCCCGCCUCAGCGCUGCAGUUUAAUGCAGUUGUCAGGACAUAGAACCUCAGUUUGCUAACUGAAGACUUUAGUAUUGAUAGUGCUUUACGCUUUAGUGGUGUAAUUAUAUAUGGAGCAGUUGUAUGGUAGCGUCAGCUGAUGAACCUGUGUAGUUUGCAAAAAAACAGUAGGGUGUUUUUUGGUACUUGAGUUUUGUAUUUGAAUUACCCAUCAUUCCAGCUUUUUAUAUCCUCUUUCAUUUAUGAAGAAACUGGUUUUCUUUAGGGAGUCACUUUGAUCUGUAAUUUUAAACUGCAGCAGUCUGAAUCUUUAUAGUAUGCCAUUCUCCCUCUAAAAGCCUAAGAAGGGCAUGCUAGUAAGAAGCAAACUGGUACAGGCACAUGUGCCUGUUUCCGUGUGUGACGCUACCACUCAGUGGAGUGGAGGCCGGGGGUGAAGUCCCUGGUCGCAGUCACAAUCAGACCUCUGUACUCUGCAGCGGUGUGUGUGGCAGCUGCUUAGUGAUAGAGACACGGAGUGUGGCCGUGCCGAUGGGGCUGAGUCCCGCCUUUGGCCUCCCACUCCUGUGUGCUAACCCUCUCAGAGGCAGGACCUGCUGCCGCGUGGGUAGGUUCCUGAGAGCACAGUAGACCUUGCACAUUUUGCCAAUGUGUUUUACUGAAUUCCCUGUUAGUGUUUAUCACUGUUCUGAUUUCAUUCUUGACAUGGGAAGUGAUAAGAAAUGAACUUGAACUUUCAGGGAGAGCAACACCAUGCUGCUGGUGUUCGAUAGUCCUCUUUAAGCUGGUGCUGUGUGUACAUGGGAUAUAUCAAGAUAAUACGGAGUUUUUCUUGCUGGGUAAAGCUAAUCAUCAGUCAGUAAUUUAAAGAGUAUUGUCACUACUGUUUUUUACUGUAGACUUAGUGAACCUCCUGAAAAGUUGAUUGGAAUUUUUACCUUUGUAGUUUCUAAUGCAUUUUCCAUGGUGCUACAAAUAGUCAGCCCAUUGGGGCUGGUGGAUAUUAAAACCGGGUAUUCAGACAUGCCGAUUCUCUCCUGGUCACUCAUGAGUAUUCUGGCUUGAUGCAUACCCAAGGAGCGUGCUGGUUUUGCAGUACGAAAUGCCUGAGAGGUUUUUCUAUCCUGCAGAGGUUUCGGAGCCUGUUCUUCUGUGAGUAAUAAGAGAAACAGUUUCUUGCUAUGAAGUUUAACAUGCCUUUUAGCUGCGGCAAUGCUGGAUUUUAUUUUCCCUUAAGUCUAGGUCACGCUGUGUGCGAGUCAUGUUGUUUAAAAGGCGCACUGCGCUGCUGUUUACAUGGACAUUUAUGCGGGCGCUUUGAAGUGCCUUGCAUCAGGGAUUAGGAUCAAUUGAAUUAUUUUUUUCAUGGGACUGUGUAAAGCAUGUAGCUAAGUAUUACUUUGGUAUAUAACUAUUGUAGCUUUACCGUAGAUUUCCUUGUGUGGAGAAAUAUCUUUAAAUUAUGACACUGGAGAGCGGGUGUGAGGCCUUCCUGGUACAGUCCUGGUGCUUUUCAUUGGACAUGGCAAAUGAAUGGUAAAUGUUGGUGUAUCCUGUACGUGACAGGGCAGGAUUUUUUUCAUUAAAUAAUACUGAGAUUUUAAAU